AUGACUGACGAUAGUUCUGCAGAACGGCAAGCUUUAAAAGCUGCUUUUCCAGCAUCAACUUUACUACUGUGCGCAUUUCACGUUUGUCAGGCUUUGUGGAGAUGGUUGUGGGAGAGUAAACAUCAAAUAGAAAAAUCUGAAAGGCAGGCUAAAAUGCUUAAAUUUAGAACCGUUCUUUUUUCUCAUGAUGAAGAAGAAGCUAAAAGAGGAAUGGAUGAAUUAUGUAAUGAUGACCAUGAACAAUUUUCCAAACAUAUGAAGUCAUUAAGAUGCAGAAUGAACGAGUGGGCAAUUUGCUAUCGACAAACAUAUUCAACUUACGGUCACAACACAAAUAAUAUAAUCGAAUCAUCUAUAAGAAUUUUUAAGGAUGUGGUACUGGAACGUUUUAAAGUUUAUGAUGGAUUUGAACACUGUGAAUGUGCGUUUGGUCAAGGAGGUAAAUUUUGUAAACAUAUUUGUGCCAUACAGUUGAAUGGAUUUAACAUCGAAAAUGUUGUAAAUUUAUCAAUGAAACAUAUAAUUGAAUUAGGUAACCUUGCUAUUGGUAAAGAUUUGGAUCAUACGUUUAUGGAACCAAUGGACCUCGCAAAUGAUAUCGUUUCUACUAAUAAUUCCAAGGAGAAAAAAACUUCUGAAGAAAACAUGUCAACUUUUUUCAAUUCUAUGUUACCUGCUGAUGAAAGUAUAACUGAACAUGAAACGCAAAAUAAUAUGGAAAAUAAUGGCUAUGAACAACAUUUAAAUUUAGAAAUCAAUGUAUUACAAAAUAACAUCGACCGAAUAAAAAACAUUGCUCAAAGUAACCCUAACAGUUUGAUGCUCAAAAAUAUAAAACAGUUUAACAAACAAUCGGAAAAAAUAACAUCAUUAUAUGAUUUGGUUGAUUUUAAUUUCAAUAAGCUUCGUCGUGCAAAUCUUAUCGGAACACAGCCAACUUCCAGAUCCAGGCGCAAACGACUAAUAACUUCUGGUGCUAAACGCAUCCAAGCAGGACGACCGUCUUCUAAAGAACAAAACUUCAAGCAAAGGAAAAAACAGAAGGUUCGAAGUCUAGGUAAAAAUUUACUAAACAAUUUGCCACAUGCUAAAUCUCAUUAA